AUGUAAAUUAAAUUCUUAUGCCAUAAUUAUAGUAGUAAAAUAAAAAUCGGUCAGAUAUAUCUAUUGUAAAGUAUCGACGUUUAAUGUAUACUUGAUACCGACUCAGUCAAAGUAUCACCCCGUUAAAAUACCUAAGUAUGAGGUGAGUGUACGUUAACACCGUUUGUUAUUGUCGGAAGGAAGAGAGAGGGAGAAUGGGACAGUGAAAGUGGAUCAAUACGCGGCGAGCGUGCAGCUCGUCUGGCAACAUGCGGCUGUCUCUCCUAGUAGUCGAAAUCGCCUGUCUGCGCUCGAUGAAGAGCGCAUAGAGAGCACGUAGUAAUUUGUUGACAGAUUGACUAUAACCCAUUGGCAGUUGCAGGUGACAAUUUUCUCCGAAUUUCACGUACAACGAUGCGAUCGAUUCGGCCGUGCUUCAUCGACUUAGUGCAAGUUGAUGCGUGAAGUGUUGAAAGCUCUGGACGAUUAAAGAAAUUGAUAAUUUGUCAAAAAUAUUUACAUUCUUCAACUCUACGAGUGCACCGAUUUUGAAUUAGUUUUUGUCGUAAAAUGAGGAUUUACAUUAUAUAUCAUCGAUCGAAAAGUGAAUCGUCAACUUGUCGAUGAUCAAAGAAUGUUAUGUGUUGAAUUAUGUAGGUGUAAUUGUGACAGACAGACAAUAAGUCGAUCUUGUUGCAUGGGGAGUCGGGAAGAUUGGAAACUUUGGCUAUCCGAGAUUGACGAGAGAAGGAAGCGGCAAUUAGAAAGCGGUUUGGAUCAUCGUGUACAUGUUACUCGGUCGCAAUGUACCUGUCUCAUCUUGUACGAAGGAUGACCUGCAAGCAGGAGUUGUCUUGCUUGCGAUUUUUGCGUUGGACUGCCCUGGUGCCGCUCGUAAUCUAUAUCUCACUCCUAUUUGUCAAGUACAAUAAAAGCGUGCCUCUGAAAAGUCUAUCGGCCUCGAACGACAAGGACAGAGAUGGCUCCGUGAUGGACAGCCUGUUCCUCGAAUUACAAACCGUGACGGUUGACAAAAAGAACUUGGCAGGAUACAAGGAUACGGGAAUCGAUCGUAAGGAUGACGAGGGAGGAAUACAAGAAAUUGCGGAGGCGGAAAAUCGCGAAAAUCCGAGAAAUCUCCUAGAAGACAUCUUCCGCAGAGCUGAUAUUGACGAGAACCAAUUGCUGGAUAUACAGGAAUUGGCGAAGUGGAUUCACGCGAAGAUCACCGAGCACAUCACGCGCGCUAUGCGAGAGAAUGUUGGGUUGUUCACCGCUAUCGACACUAAUCUUAGAGAUGGUGAAGUUUCGUGGGAAGAAUAUCACGCUUAUUUUCUCAGAACUCAUGGUUUUUCUGAGACCUAUAUAAAUUCCCAUGAUAAAAAACACAGCGAAUUAUCACGGACAUUGAAGGAGAGCAUAAUGAGGGAUAGGGCGCGAUGGGCUGAAGCUGCUAGAAAUGAUCCCGACAGAUUGGGUCUGGACGAAUUUCUGGCUUUCACGCACCCCGAGAGCAGUCACAGAGCUCUUCUCCAAAUGGUGGAGGACCUCUUCGAAAAAUUUGAUCGAGACGGUGAUGAACAGUUAACGGAGGACGAGUUCUCGGAUUUGCCAUCGGAAGGGGUCGGCCUAGAUUUACGCGAGGAUCGACAGCAAUCGAUAGGAGGAAGCGAAGACAGGCGUAAGGAGUUUCGACAUCUGAUUGACAAGAAUAAAAACGGGAAAGCCGAUCGAACCGAGCUCUUGAUGUACAUCGAUCCACGAAACCCCAGACAUGCUAUUCAAGAGGCUCAGCACUUAAUUACCUUAUCGGAUAUGAAUUUAGACGGGAAGCUAGAUCUUCCGGAGAUUCUGAGCAAAAUGGAUUUAUUUCUUGACAGCAAGAUGGUAGACACAGAGAAAAGUUUUCACGACGAAUUUCGACGAUAAUUUUCAUAUGGGAACGAGUAUAGUUAUAAAAUUGAAAAAGAACAUUUAUAUAUUAUACUCUCAUUCUCUCAAAAGAAGAUUUCUAGAUAAGUGGACGAAUAAUUCUUUGUAACACCAGGUAGAUGCUACUAAAAACUUUGAUAUAGAUAUUUUUUAAUAUCUUAGAAGAAGAUGUUUUCGAUAUUCGUGUACUGAAUAGACAAUAUGAUUUUUCGAUCCAUGAUCGACAAUGGAUUAGACCAAUACAAUUAUCGAUUCGUGCAGGGUACUCAUUAGUGAUUUUUAUGGAUUUUUUUUUUACGAACGCUAAUCGAUCUAUUGCGCAAACGAAAAUCAUAGGCUUUUAGAACGCAUCUGUGAUAGUCUUAUGACGUAGAAAAUCUUUUAAGUAUAUAGGCACUAUUAUUAUAGUUAUUAGUAGUUCUAUUAUAGUGAUAGAUUUUAAUACAUUAAUUCACGAUAGCUACGGAAUAACUCAAUCAGAUCGUUUACAGGGUUAAAAUUAUAUAUACCGGUAAUUACACUUGCCAAUUGAUCGGUUGUGAAACAGAUAAGGGGUUGCAAAUCCGUCCUUUCGUAUAUUUCUUAGUUUCCUUGUAUGUGACUUGCUCCUGAAUUAUUUAGGAGAAUUAUUAGAUGUUUUAGAUUUGCAGAAAAAGAAUUCUCUCUUUCAAAGAGUAUUAAUCUAAAAAAAUCGCACAAAAAAUAUUAUAUUAAUACUAUGAUAACAUAUAUUAUUGUGCAAUGUUAAUACAACUAUUAUAACUAAUUUAU